CUUAUUCGCUGUGCCGUGGCCAGCUGCGCCCUCUGCGCUGCUCCUCUUCUUCCUGGUCAUGGUGCUUGGAAAGUCUGGGGAAUGGGGGAAAAAGCCGGGUGUGUGUGCAAGAAGCGCAACACCGAGCCUGCUGCUGCUCCUGCGAUGUUUCUGGCAAAAGCAUGCUUGUACCUCGGGCCACGCGGCUCACAGCUCGGACCAGCUCGAUUCCAACCAUUUUUCGCUUCGGCUCGCGACACUUACUCUAAUCUUGGGCAUGCAAACCUACUUGUCGCUGCUUUCUUGCCUCAAUUCAACAUACUUUCUCACAGUUCUCACUCCACAAAAUGAGCGCAAUUUCGGGACACUCGGACAAACAGCAGUUCAACACACCGGUCAUGAUCGGCUGCGGCCUCGCUGGCGCUGCCGCUUGCGGGAUUAUGCUCAAAGUGCUCUCCAAGGGCAGGGCGUCGGGCGGACCAGCGCUGAAGGGCGUGACCUCGGUGCCCAAGCAGUUUGUCAAGGGCGGGUUUGACCCCAAGAUGAGCAAGCGCGAGGCGGCGCUGAUCCUGGGCCUGAAGGAGUCGUCGCUGACCAAAGACAAGGUCAAGCGGGCCCACCGCACCAUCAUGCUGCUCAACCACCCGGAUCGCGGCGGCUCGCCAUACAUGGCCACCAAGAUUAACGAAGCCAAGGAGUUUUUGGAGACCAAGGCCCGUCUGCGGUGAAGCAAUAUAGAUUCUGACCGCUGAUUUGAUUCAAUGCAAGCUUUUACAUAUUAGCCUGUGGAGAAAUAUAUGCACGACUGUA